CACGAGCAAUACACGACGCUUUGUGUGGAUGGGACACGUGUAACCUCGGGAUAGUUUGAUAUUCGGGUUUGAAAUUCAAGAGUGCGUAAGCGUUCGAUGUGAGCAUUUUUUUUUUUUUAAUAUUUUAUCCUUAAAAGACCAGAUAUAGUAAGUACAUAAAAAAAUCUAAUUAUCUUUUAAAAAUAUCUUAAAAUAAAAUUCAUGCCUUCAUGAGAAAAAAAUCCACUAAUCCAAAAUUCAAAACUCCGUCAUUCUACCGGGCGAACGACCGAUUGGCCGAAACAUACACCCCCGCACCACCACUCGCGGGCAUGCGCGCGCCUCCAGUUUUGUUUCUCACUCGCGCAUGGUGUAUCUCAUCUCCUACAUAUAAGUACUGCAGCGGUUCUCGUCGUCGUCCUGUCGAGUCCCUCAAAGUUCAAACUAGUGCAAACUUCGAUCAACCCCCGAACCAUGUCGUCGGACGAUAGCCAAAAGCUCGAACUCGAGCCUCCAGCUGACAAGAAGUCCUACGCCGGCAUCCCCGAGGCCGACUUUGUGGACGAUGUCGACGCCUUUAUGGCAAAGGAGGAGAACAACGGCUCUUCGGAGAAAGUUCUGAAGAAGCUGGACGAGAACCACAGCAAGUACAAGUUCAUGGAGUUCAACCUGGUGAACAAGCGUAGACGGCUGAAGGCUCAGAUUCCCGACUUGGAGAACUCUCUGGAGAUGAUAAAGAAACUCCAGGUGGAGAAGAACAACAGCCACGAUCUGGAGACUCAGUUCGUUCUGUCUGAUCAGGUGUACGCCAAGGCUGUCAUCGCACCCACGGACAAGGUGUGCCUGUGGCUUGGAGCUAAUGUCAUGCUCGAGUACACGCUGGACGAUGCUCAGGAGCUGCUGACAAAAAAUAUCCAGGCUGCCAAGAAGAACCUUGCUUACAUCGAGCACGAUCUGGACUUUGUCAGGGAUCAGUUCACCACUACCGAGGUGAACAUGGCUAGAGUGUACAACUGGGAUGUCAAGAGGAGACAAGCCGAGAGGGCUAAAUGAAGACUGGAAGAGUCAGAAUAUUGAUGCUAUUGUCCAUGAUUGAUUUCUAUGACAAUUGCUAGGCUAAUGAUUUUUUAAUUGUUUGCUACUAAUGUGAGUGAAAACACACACAAUAAGGAAUGAGUUGGCGAUGUGACACUUUUAAGUUGAGGUGAAUUUUUGAGCUUGGUGAAGAUCAGUGUUGCUUUUAUCUUAUUGAAAUAGUAAUGAUUCCUUUCAACUUUACAUUGACAAUAUUAAAAUUGUUAAAUGCUUUCAUUUUGUACAUAAUAAACGAUAUAUUCCAUACUCAUUAAGGUUAUUGAUUCUGCAGUUAAUUUUGGUUUACUUUAAUUUCAUGGUUUUACCAAGAUCUUUUAAAUUUGAAACAAUUAGGCUAUUACCUCUGUUGCUGUCAAUUCAAAAAGCUCAUUCAGUGUUUUUCAACAACCCGAGAGAUAGAGAAGCUUUAUAAAUGAAUUUCUUUGAAUUAUUGUUGUGUUAAGAAUAUUGUUAGAAGCAUAUGAAGCUGUAUGCCUGAGCGGUGGAUAUCAGUCUUUGUAGUAUGUUCAAAUCUAUUUUACCCCACUACUUUAUCAUCACUUCUAGCAAUACUUGACUUUAGAAUAACAGUGAUUGCACUGACAAUGAUUUUAAGUGUUUCAUCUCAUAUCGGUCUCAAACUGCACAAAUUAUGUAUGUACCAAUUUACAUAAUUGUAAACAAAAGUGUAGAUCAAUUGCAGUGAUAUAAGGAUGUCCAAUAAAACGUAAUUUAACAUUUUUAAGUACAAA